GCAUCUUUAGUUUCGCAAAAAUAUUAGAAUAGUUUGAAAGUUAUCCUUGGAUGGGAGUAACAGGAAAAGCAACAAAAGUAGCCGCAGCAAACGUUUGCUCUUAACGCACACAUCUCACACAAUUCGGCAUUCAACAACUGAGUCCCAGUUGUCAUGCAGUUACAACAAUAAAACAUAUUUAGUCAUAUACAAUAAUACACAACAAAUUGAAAAAGACGAUUGCUGCCGUUUGUUUUUUUUUCCUGUCGUGGAAUCCGAGCUAAGCCGUGGUCAUGUGCUGUAAGACCAUCGAUAUAACCGCCAAGACGGGCAGCAGCUCGGCGCUCAUCUCGGUGCGUCAGAACGAGCUGAUUAGCAACUUGCGUGUUCUGGUUGCGGUACGCUUCGAGCAAGCUAUCGAUUUUGUUGUGCUCGUGUUUGGCGGACAGGUGUUGCGCGAUGAGGGCACCAUCGAUAGCCAUGGCAUUAUCUCGGGUGUUACGGUGCAUGUGGUCUUUCGCCAGCUCACCAAGGAGACUCCGGACGAUCACGAUUGCAACAAUGCCAACAGCCGCAACGACAGCUGCAGCAGCAACAAGAGCAGCAGUUUCUCUGCCAGCUCAGCUGCCAUGUCGUCGUCUUCGCCGACGACCGCACGAAAUUGGGUUUUGAAGAGCGGCGACAUCUUUAAGCCGCUGCUUGAGGAUCCCUGCACAUUGCGCGAUAUGCUGCAGUCGGAUGUACGCAUCAGGACCAUGAUCGAUGAGAAUGCAUCGUUUCGCCACUUUCUGAGCAGUGAUCGCAAUUUGCGUGAACUCUUCUCCACCAUCUUCAAUCCGGCCAAGGUGCAGGAGCUGGGACGCAAACGCGACAUGCAUAUCAUGCGCAUGGAAUGGGUGCCAGGCGGCUAUAGCCUGCUUGGCAAACUCAACUGCUUUAUGCGCCAGGCACACGAGGACAAUGUGGCAAUGAACUAUCUGGAUGCGGACACAUGCAGCUGCACAGACAAUCCGCAGCGUGGGCGCGAGAAUAGGAUGCCGCUGCCCAAUCCUUGGCGAAUCCAGCCCAAGCCAGAAACGCUCCAAAGCUUUGCUCUCAACGCUGAGCGUAUGGUGGCUGAUCUAACGCAGAAGUGCGAUCACAUGAUGCAGUCCCUCAAGCUGGGGGACUUCAACAAAACGCUCGAGCAUGCGCGACAGCUGAACGAGCUGGCGGACAACGCACGCCGUCAGCUGGACAAUCGUGUGCGAAAGCGUUUUUUAAGCGCCGAACAAGCUGCAGCACAGGCAGCUUCAACUGCUACUGGUGGCACUGCAGCAACUACUGCACCGUCCAACGUUUCGUCUCUCAAUCUCUUUGACUUCAUGUCCAGCAACGAUAGCCGCUGGGAACAACGCUUCCACUCGCAGCUGCUCCAACUGAGCACAUUGGGUCACACAGAUCGACAGCGCAACAUCUGCGCCCUGCUGAUGUCCGCUGGCGACAUACAGACGGCUGUCAGACUGUUGGAGCAAUGGAACCGCUAAUACACAUUCAAGAAUCGUAACAAAUUAACACACGAAUGUUUCAAUAGUUCACAACUUUUGCAUUGGCUCUGUAUCCGUCAAUCGAUAGCAAUAAUUGCAAUAGCAUUCAAAAUGAUAAAAUCAUAUUGAUCAAUUUUCUACUCUUCUUUAUUUUUGUACCCCGUCCCCCACCCAAAACCCAUUUCAAAUGGGAUCCAAUAAAGUUGCCUAAUUGUGGAAAACGA